AUUCAAUCUCGAACUUCAGAAACACGAUCUCAAACUUCUGAUUCUUCUUCAAGAAUUCAAUUUCGAACCUCUAAUAAUAAUAAGACGACGGUUAAUAAAGAAUCUGAUAAUAAUUCAGGAAAAACCAUUAAAUAUAAUAAUGGUUCUGAUUCACUUUCCAGUACUAAAGAUAAAUCAAUGAGAACUUCUGAUGCUUCUUCUUCAAGUAAUAUCGAUGAUAUUUUUCAAUACAAAAAACAUAAUAGUUCAUCAAAAACCAAACGUUUAUCAGAAAAUUCUCAAAGUUCCAGUAUAGAUACAGUUAGUACAGCAUUAACAACUCCCACUGAUCGAAAACUUGUUAAUCUAACCGAACAACAUAAAAGAGACAAAGAACUAAUUAUUAAUGUUCAUCAAGAGGAAUUACGAAAUCUCAAAGAACAAUAUGAUGCAGAUCGUGAACAAUCGAUGAUUUCAUUUCGUAAAGGAUUAGAAACUAGUCAUCAAAAAGAAUUACAAGAACUCAAUGAUAAAAUAAAAA